AUGAACGGAUACCAGAUUACGGACAUAAACCAGAUCCAGGGGAUGGAUGCCCCGUCUGAACCUGUCUGGUUGCUAACAAGCCGUGGUGCAGAGCAGCGCUCCCAGCGAAGACGUGAAGGUGGAAGUCAGGAAAGCGAGGAGGAUGCGGGUGAAAAGAGAGUUGAGGGAGGAUGUGGUAGGAAUCACGGUGGUGCGUGGAUGAAGGCGGUGUCAUUGGGUGGCCCAGUCCAGGCUUAG